AUGACUGCAGGUAGCUCACAUAGUGGCUACGAAAGACUAGAUACUCAAGAUAAUAAUUAUUCAUCACCCUCUUCUUCGACAGUGUUACCGAUACAUCCACCCGAUUAUAAUGAUUUGGAUUUAAACAACAACAACAAUAACAAUUAUCACAAUACCGAUGGCAAUGAUGAUGGCGAUCUUGCCCAUCUACCUACACCUUCAAUAGACCAGUUUGAAAUCGAAGACCCAAUUUAUGAAGAACAAUCAUCAGGACUUUUAAAUAGAGCACAGAAAUUUGCUAGCAAUUUCAAUACGAGAAUAAUUCGCCCAGUGACAAGAAUAAUAGACCCUAUUUAUGAAGGAUAUAAAUAUUUUCAGAUGCAAUAUGAGAGAUCCAUUUUGAAAUUAGGAAAUCCAUUAGUGGUGAAACGUUUAUUAUAUGUGACAUUUGUUAUGGCUCUUAUAUUUGCCAUUUCAAAAUAUAGUGAUAAUGAUACGAUAAGUGGCGGAAGUGUGGGAACAUUUACUAGAGGCCAUUUUUAUGAUAUUGAUAAAUUAAGUGAAUCUAUACCGCAUUUCAUAGAUGAGAAGGAAAUGAAGGAACAUUUAGAGUAUUUUUCAUCCAUGCCACAUAUAACGGGUACAAAAGGAGAUUUGACAUUGGCAAAAUACAUUCAGAAAUUUAUGAAAAGUAAUGGAUUGCAUCAUGUUGAAUUUAAUGAAUUACAAAGUUUCACCAAUUACCCAGAUAAAAAGGAUACCUAUUUAAAACUUAAGGACAAUUCAUUUGAGGCAAAAUUAUUUGAACAACAUAGUGAAGGAAUGGAAUUUUUAGCAUUUAAUCCUAAUGCAUUGAACACCGUUGAACCUAUUGAAGGAAAUUAUGUUUUUGUAAAUUACGGGGAAAUAGAUGAUUAUAAAAGAUUAGCCAAUAACGGGAUUGAUUUAACUGAUAAGAUCAUUCUUGUCAAGUAUGGUGGUAAAAUACCAGAAGCAAAUAAAGUUUAUAUUGCCCAAGAGCAUAAGGUCAAAGCUCUUGUAUUUAUCACUCCUAAAUUCCACAUUUCUGGCCAGGAUGUCGAUGAUGUGAUACAAAACCAGAAUGUUGGAUUAACUCGAAUGUCACCUGGUGAUAUAUUAACACCAGGAUGGUCAUCAGAAAAUGCAUAUGUUACAAGAUUAUCGUGGGAUAAUUCAGAGACAACUCCAAAAAUUCCUACCAUUCCUAUUUCAUGGAGAGAUGGGGAAGUUUUAUUAAAGAAAUUGUCUGGCGGUAUUGAAUUUGAUGGGUUUAAGAGUGGUGAUGGAGAAUCCCCAGGACUUGAAUUGAAAAUCACGAAUACUAAUCGUCCAAAACAUCAAAUUUGGGAUGUAGUAGGUUCUGUUGAAGGUAGAGAACAAAGUGAAAAGGGAAUUAUUAUUGGUGCUGCUAGAGAUGCCACAUGUUAUGGUACAAUUAGCAGUAACACUGGAACAGUUGCCUUAUUAGAAAUGAUCAAGAUAUUCACUACAUUACAAAGAAAAUACCAGUGGUCACCUUCCAGAUCUAUAUAUUUUGUUUCAUUUGAUGCCACUGAAUAUAAUUUGGCUGGUGCUGCAGAAUGGAUUGAGAAUCGUAAGGAACUGUUGCGUAAGGAAGGUUACAUGUAUGUUGAUUUAAGUGACUUAGUUGCUGGUGAUGAAUUAUCCAUUAAUGCUAGUCCAUUUUUGAACGAGAUUAUUACCAAUGCAAUGCAUAAAGUAAAGACAGGAGAUGGUAAGGAUGAUGAUUUAUAUCACUUGAUGUUGAAACAAAACAAUGAUCAUAUUGUCAUGAAGAAUCAAUUUGUUGAGAUGAAGAAUUAUAUUCCAUUUAUCAAUUUAGUCAAUAUUCCUUCUAUGGAAAUCAAAUUCAAAGGAUACAAAUACCCAAAGAAUUCUUGUUUUGAUAAUUUUGACAAUUUUGAGAAUAACCAAAUUGAUCCAAAAAUGGCCAAACAUGCCCAAUUAGUUGAGUUAUUAUCGAGAAUUGUGUUGAAUGCUGCAGAAAGUGGGUUAAUUCCAUUUAAUUUCCAUGAUUUUAGUCGUCGUUUGGAAGAUUAUGAGAGAGAUUUGGAAAGAUAUGCUCAAUCACAAAUUGAUAAAUUAGAUCAACCAAAUAAACCUUCGUUGAAUUUUGAUGGUUUGAAACGAGCUAUUAACUCACUUAAGCUGGCAAGUGAUAAAUAUCAAGAGUGGGCUAGAGAUUGGAAACAAUUUAUUAGUGAUUCAGGUGGUAUUGAACCAACCAUUUAUACCAUGUUCAGAUGGAAAUGGAAUGAUAAUAUGAUUGAGUUUAAUGGUCAAUUUUUGACUCGUGAAAUACAACAUAAGCGUUCUGGAUAUAAGAAUACAUUAUUUGGAGUUCCAUUUAUUGCUCCUGAAAAAGUUGAUGAAUUUGAUUGGAAUAGUUUCCCAUUUAUAAGAAAUCAUAUUUCCCAAAAUGAUUUCUCUCUGGCACAAGACGAAAUCGAUCAAUUAGCUCGUACAUUAGAAUCUGCAUCUAUAAGUUACACCGACUUGAAUUAA